CAGGCGCGUGGCAGUUGAGCCUCCUCCAUCAGCCCUCGGUGAUCGACUAUGGCUUGGCACUGCGAAGCUUCACGAAGGCAGCAGCUUGGAGGGAUGCCAUGGACACGAUGCGAGUGAUGCAACGACAGCGAGCAGAGCCCAAUUUGGUGAUCUACAACUCUGCACUGACGGCCCUGGGCGCGGCAUGGCGAAAUGCCUUGGAGCUGGUCACGACCAUCGCCACCUCGGCGCAGCAGUGCGAUGUGGUGACCCUGGGAGCGGUGCUGCGGAGCAUCGAGGAUUGGCCUCGGGCCUUUCAACUACUCUCUGCACAGGUUUGGUCGGGCAUGGACUUGAACUUGGUGUUGUUGAACAGUUUGCUGGGCAGGCACUGGCGUUGGGCUUUGGGCUUGAACAGCCGCUUGGUGCUUGACCAGACCAGCUACAAUAGCUGCAUCAAUGCCGCAGGGGAGGCCUUGCCCGCAGCUUGGUGCUAUGCAGCUGUGCAGCUGUCCUCCAUGGCCUCAAUGGCCUGCGAGCGUGACCAGAUUAGCUUCAACUCGGCCAUCAAAGCAUGCCAAGGACACUGGAAUCCGGCCAUGAAGAUCUUCAAUUCUAUGAGGCUGAAAGAGGUAUGUCCAUCAGUAAGGAGUUAUGGUAGCUCCAUUGCUGCUGCAGCUUCUUCCCGGCAUUGGCGGUUCGCCUUGCAGCUCUGGCAACAUCCAAACAUCAAAGCGUCCUUGAUUUCUGGCAACGCAGUGGUCUCUGCCUUCACUGCUUGGACGCGAGCCAUGGAGCUCUUGCAGAUGCUGAGGAAUGGAUUGCAGGUCAGCACCGUGACCUUCGGCGCAGCCAUGGCGGGAGAGAUCAGAUGGCACAGAGCUCUGCAGCUGCUUCGGGAGGUGCGUGAGGUUCGCUUGGAAGUCACCAUCAUCAGCUGCAACAGCGUCAUGAACGCAUGUGCAGAGGAGAGUAAGUGGGAGAUGGCUGCGCAGCUAAUGAGCGAAAUUAGGAGCUCCAGAAUCCAGGCCACAGUGGUGACACAGAACACCUUGCUUUUGGCGCUGGCCAACGGAGCGGAAUGGCCAAGGGCCUUGCAUGUGGCUUCUGAAAUGGUGAAGGAUGAGACCAGCUACAACACGUUGAUCGAUGCAUUGGCGCGUGGUGGACAAUGGGAAGCGUCACUGUGCAUCUUGCAAGUGAUGUUUGAGGAGAGCACCAAGCCCAGUCGCAUUUCCUUCAAUUCUGCGAUAAAUGCCUGUGCCAGCGACGGUCGCUGGUCGGUGGCACUGGCGCUUCUGGAGAGAAUGAAGAAGGCCGACCUGGAGCUCAACGCCAUCGGCCUCAGCAGUUGCGUCACGGCCAUGGGCCGUGGACGGCAGUGGGCCUUGGCCUUGGAGCUGCUGAGGCUGAGGCCGGCGGAUCAGCCGGAUACCAUGAGUUGCAACAGCGCCAUCGUGGCCUGUGGCGGCCAAUGGUGGCGCAUCUUCGAGUUGUUGUGCUGCAUAGCUUCACCAGACCUCAUUACAUACAGUAGCUGCAUUGGCAGCAUGGCGCGCAAUGCCAAUUGGCCCUUGGCCGUGGAAAUCCUGCGACUGAUGCCGAAGUCUCGCAUUUCUCCAGAAUUGGUGUGUUACAACUCCACAUUCGCUGCGUGUCAUCGCAGUGGUCAGUGGCGCUACCCCUUAGCCCUAGCGGCUCAGAUGUCCUUGGACGUCAUUGGCUUCAACAAUCUCAUCGGUGCUUGCGCUCAAGAUGCCCAGUGGCAUCGGGCCCUUGGGGCCCUUCGACUGCUGGAGGCGCCGAAUUCGGACCUGCCAGAUGCAAUUAGUUUUGGAGGUACCAUCCAUGCAUGUGCCAAGAGGGCUCGCUGGAACGAAGCCCUCCAGCUCCUGGAGAAGCUUUCUGCCAGUAUGCUGGAAGCAGAGCUCAUCACCUAUUGUUCAUGCAUGGCAGCAUGCAACCGAGCAGCCCAGUUCCACGCGACCCUGCGCUUAUCCAUCGACGUCGGCCCCAUCGAUCCCAUGGAUCCUGUGCUGUUGGGCCAUUGCUUCAGCGCCUGCGUAGCCACACGACACGCAGGUGCUGGGCUGCUAGCGGAGCUCACAAAGCAAACUUUGCAGCGCCUGGCAGAAAAGUGGCGCACAUCAUGCGCAUCCCAGUCGUAA